AUUUUGAUAUUGGGCCAGCCUGUAAUUAGCAUCACCUCCAAUUAACUUACUAUCUUCAACAUUCCCACCGCACCACCCGUACCACAGCUAUUCUUGACGAAGCCAAAGCCACUCUUUCUGGGAUGCAUAAUUGCAUUGGCUUCCUUAAACCACCCCUUUAACGUCAACACCGUCCCGUAACUGUCCAAUUCUAUUUCAUAUCUUGAGCUUCGACGGAACAUCACACUCUCUAAUACCAACACCACCCAACUAAGCUCUCUCCAACCGUCCCAACCGUCUUGUUCCUGUCGGCCAGCCUACCUACUUAUAUCCUAAUAGACUCAAGUUUCGUCACGCGGUCGGGAGCCGCAACAAUCGCCCAGCAUGUCGACCUUCCUUGAAAAUGCCUACAGCUUGGUCCACCAGGACAACACGGCAGAUGUUCCCACCAUGUCAGAUCUGCGCAUGCAGCUAGAGAAGGGCACAGAUGAGACAAAGGUUGAUACCAUGAAGCGCAUCUUGACCGUCAUGUUGAACGGCGAUCCCAUGCCCCAGCUUCUCAUGCACAUCAUCCGAUUCGUCAUGCCCUCGAGAUAUAAACCCUUGAAGAAGCUAUUGUACUUCUACUAUGAGAUCUGCCCCAAACAUGACUCGACCGGCAAGCUGAAGCAGGAGAUGAUUCUCGUCUGUAACGGUAUCAGAAACGAUCUUCAACAUCCCAACGAGUACAUUCGAGGAAAUACGUUGCGCUUCCUAUGCAAGCUACGAGAACCUGAGUUGAUUGAGCCUCUACUUUCCUCAGCUCGAGCCUGUCUUGAACAUCGUCAUGCCUACGUUCGAAAGAAUGCCGUCUUCGCUAUUUCUUCCAUCUUCCAACACUCACCGUCUCUCAUUCCGGAUGCCUCCGACUUGAUCGCCGCCUUCCUCGAGGGAGAGAGUGACGCCACUUGCAAGCGCAACGCCUUUGCUGCGCUCGCUAGCAUUGACCAUGACAAGGCUCUGGUAUUCUUGAGCUCCGUCUUCGAGGGAAUUCCGAACGCCGAGGAAUUGCUACAAUUAGUAGAGCUCGAAUUCAUUCGAAAGGAUGCCGUCCAGAACUCUCAACAUAAGGCUAGAUACUUGAGACUCAUCUUCGACCUUCUCGAGGCCGGAGCUUCGACCGUCGUAUACGAAGCUGCCUCGUCGCUGACCGCACUGACGAGCAACCCCGUCGCGGUCAAGGCGGCUGCCGCCAAGUUCAUCGAGCUAAGCAUCAAAGAAGCCGAUAACAAUGUGAAACUUAUCGUCCUUGAUCGGGUAGACCAGUUGCGACAGAAGAAUGAGGGCGUGUUAGACGACCUUGUUAUGGAGAUCUUACGUGCGCUAUCUAGCCCUGAUAUUGACGUCCGACGGAAGGCACUUACUAUCGCGCUGGAGAUGGUGUCAAGCAAGAAUGUCGAAGAAGUCAUCCUACUACUCAAGAAGGAGCUUUCCAAGACCGUCGAUCAGGAAUACGAGAAGAACGCGGAAUACCGACAACUGCUCAUCCACUCCAUUCACCAGUGCGCUAUUAAAUUCUCCGAGGUUGCCGCAAGCGUGGUGGACUUAUUGAUGGACUUCAUUGCUGACUUCAGUAACUCUUCCGCUGUCGACGUUAUUUCCUUCGUCAAGGAAGUUGUUGAGAAGUUCCCCAAGCUACGGCCAUCAAUCGUUACUAGGUUGGUCGACACUCUUAGCGAGGUCAGAGCAGGAAAGGUCUACCGUGGAAUUAUUUGGAUAAUUGGCGAGUACUCGCUCGAGGAGAAGGACAUCAGAGAUGCGUGGAAGAGGAUACGCGCCAGCUUAGGUGAGAUUCCUAUUCUUGCCUCCGAACAGCGCUUGUUAGACAAUGUGGACGGUGACGAGGAGAAAGAGAAGGAGCAAGUCAAUGGCCACUCGAAGCCCACAGCACCGUCAGGUUCGAGGAGAGUCCUUGCUGAUGGCACGUACGCUACCGAAACGGCCCUCACUAGCAGCUCGGCAGCCGCCGCAAAGUUAGAAGCUGUCAAGGCUGCCCAGAAGCCUCCGCUACGACAGUUGAUCCUAGAAGGCGACUACUACUUAGCUGCUGUUCUUUCGGCAACCCUCACCAAGUUGGUCAUGCGUCAUUCGGAGAUCUCCUCGGAUCGAGCUCGAACAAAUGCCCUCAGGGCCGAGGCUAUGUUAAUCAUGAUCUCUAUCAUCCGUGUCGGCCAGUCACAAUUUGUCAAGGCUCCUAUCGAUGAGGAUUCGGUCGACAGAAUAAUGUCCUGCGUCCGAUCCUUAGCCGAAUUCUCCCAAAGGAAGGAGCUGGAGACUGUCUUCCUCGACGACACACGGAAGGCAUUCCGAGCUAUGGUUGAGGUUGAAGAGAAGAAGCGAGCGGCGAAGACGGCCUUCGAAAAGGCUAAGACUGCUAUCCAGGUGGACGAUGUCGUGCAAAUCCGACAACUCUCCAAGAAGAAUUCGGGCGAUGGGACGGACGAGAUCGAAUUGGACCUUGAGAAGGCAACUGGUGGCGAGUCUAUGACCGAGGACCUUUCGUCGAAACUUAGCCGCGUUGUCCAGCUCACUGGAUUUUCUGACCCCGUCUACGCCGAAGCAUAUGUUAAGGUACACCAAUUCGAUAUCGUCCUUGACGUUUUAUUGGUCAACCAAACCACCGAGACGCUCCAGAACCUCUCUGUUGAAUUUGCCACGCUAGGUGAUCUCAAGGUUGUCGAGCGACCUACGACACAGAACCUUGGCCCGCACGAUUUCCAUAACGUACAAUGUACUAUCAAGGUGUCGUCUACGGAUACCGGCGUCAUCUUUGGCAACGUUGUAUAUGAUGGAGCCCACAGCACCGACACUAACGUCGUUAUUCUCAAUGAUCUACAUGUCGAUAUUAUGGAUUACAUCCAGCCGGCGACAUGCACGGAGACGCAGUUCCGCACAAUGUGGACCGAAUUCGAAUGGGAGAACAAGGUCAACAUCAACAGCAAGGCCAAGAGCCUUCGGGACUUCUUGGAACAAUUGAUGGCCUGCACGAAUAUGAACUGCUUAACACCGGAAGCUAGUAUGAAGGGUGACUGCCAGUUCUUGAGUGCUAACCUGUACGCCAGGAGUGUCUUUGGCGAGGAUGCGCUAGCCAACUUGAGUAUAGAAAAGGAAGGCGAAGAUGGACCAAUCACUGGCUUCGUCCGCAUAAGAAGCAGGUCGCAAGGAUUGGCCCUAAGCCUAGGCUCUCUGAAGGGAUUGAACAAGAUCGGCACCGCGGCCGCUUGAUUCACGCAGGGGGACAAGUUAAGAAAACUGAUAAUGUUUGCACUCCGGGGGUCGUUGAGAUCUUGACCUAAAAAGUUGGUACGCAUUUGCAACACUGCCAGACGAGCGUGUGCUUGAGGGAAGCCGACAGGCCAGUUGUAGUGAUAUCCAAGGCGAUGAUGAUGUUCCGGGUGCGGCUCUCUGGUCGAGAUAGCAUGGAUGAAAAACGUGGUGCUGGAGUACCUCGAUGUGGAUUAGACAAUGCAAAUUAUUUUACAACAA